AUGUUGCUGUGCAUCAGGAGGUUUCCCUCCAGAUGGAUCAUUGAGCAUGUGGCGGCCCACAUCCCUCAUUGUCUGUUUGAGCUCUUCCAUUGGCUCCAAACUGUGAGAAACUCCAACAAGCUCAAGCCUCACACAUUCAUAUGGAGAUUUGGGAGUAUAAAUAGAGGAGCUGCAGCCAGUGCAAAUCAGACUCACUCUGAACAGAGAGAUCUACAGCACAGAGAUCCAGACAUGACACCUACAAUCAUCUCAAAGGAGCUUCUCCCUCUCAACAACAAGCUGAGAAAGCCGAUGGUGGAGAAGAUGUGCAGAGAUCGUAUCAACAGCAGCAUCGAGCAGCUCAAGUGUCUUCUGGCUCCAGAGAUCAUUGAGCAUGUGGCGGCCCACAUCCCUCAUUGUCUGUUUGAGCUCUUCCAUUGGCUCCAAACUGUGAGAAACUCCAACAAGCUCAAGCCUCACACAUUCAUAUGGAGAUUUGGGAGUAUAAAUAGAGGAGCUGCAGCCAGUGCAAAUCAGACUCACUCUGAACAGAGAGAUCUACAGCACAGAGAUCCAGACAUGACACCUACAAUCAUCUCAAAGGAGCUUCUCCCUCUCAACAACAAGCUGAGAAAGCCGAUGGUGGAGAAGAUGUGCAGAGAUCGUAUCAACAGCAGCAUCGAGCAGCUCAAGUGUCUUCUGGCUCCAGAGUUUCUCAAGCAGCAGCCUGAUUCCAAGCUGGAGGAAGCAGAUAUCCUGGAGAUGACGCUUAACUUCCUGAACCGUCACAAUUGUGUGUCGGUGAGAUUGUGCACUUCCUGUCCAAAGAUGAGAUGAAGACACAGAGCCAGAGAAGACGAAGCACUUCCAGAAGCUGCAGACAUCAUGUGAACAGAACAGGAGGGAAAGUGUCCUGCCAGACCAGAAGACCUUCAGCAAAGACAUGAAUGUCAACAAGAGCGCCAUCUGGAGGCCUUGGUAGAGCCUUAAAGACUCAGACUGAACGUCUACACUAGAUUUAUUGGACCAUUACGCUUUUAGUUUCUC